AUCGAGAUCGCCGGUGAACCCAACGCUGGUGUGCGUAAGAAACUUCUGUUGAAAAUUCGCAAUAUAGGUAAUCACAGGCACAAUUGUCAGGUUCUUCGUGAAGGUCGUGGUGUACUCAUUGUCGGGUACAGGCCAAUCGCAAGUUACGGCUAUUAUGUGCGUACCGAUUUGUGGCGAUGCGUGUGCCCUUUGAAGCCAGCACCCACUCCACAGACCGACAGCACCGGUAAGAGGGCUCGUGUGGGUGUACGGGUCGCUCACAAGAGUGAUUUGUUGAAACCUCCUCCUGUUGGCGUGUCGUUCCAGUUACACCAGGUUCUUAGUCCAAUGAAGAGAGAUGAUGUGGCUUUGGUAGUCAAGAAUGACACGUUGAUUGUUGAAUUGGCCAAGCAUGAAUACAUGAAACUAGGGCACGAUGUAGAUCAGCAUGGCUACAUCCGUAACAGGGUGCGUGAAUUGGGUCGACUCGUCAUACAACUCCGAAAGAACACCCAGCAACCAAAUGCAUCACUCGAAUCAUUUGUCCAUCCGCACCACCUUUCUGAUAUUGUGAAGGCCGUCCACGAUAUUGCCGGUUACGAUGUUCCGUCACUAGCGCUGAAGAUUAGUUAUUCCGUCAAGAAGUGUGCACUUGUCUUGAAAGGAAGUGAGCUAGAGUCCGGCCAAAAACACAAAGCGGAGCGUGUGGAAGAGUUUCUGCAGUUGUGUGAAUUGAACUGGCAAGACCUUGUGUCCACACACGCACACAAAACGCUGUACCAAGGAAAACGCAACAAAGUCACCAUUCUCCCGACAUAUGCCGAUGUAGUUCACCUGUCGUCGUUCCUUCAUGAAGCUGACAACCGGGAACUUCAACUCCUUCAGGGUGCUCGGAGCAAAGAAAUCAGACCAGCUUGA